AUGAAACUAUACACAAACUCCUCAAAUUCAAAGGAGAUUAAUCCUGUUCCAUAAUAGUAUCCUUAGUAGCAACUUAGUAUUUUAUAAUCUCCUAAUGGACUAACAGCAUCAAAUAAUGUGAAUUUAUUUGCAUCAAAUAACAAGAUGCUUAGAGGGUCAGAUUUUCAAUCAUUUAAUUAACCAGCAUUAUCAGUCACAGACAUCCAUUUUAACAAUUAAAGUCAAAAACCUCCUAUCCUAUAAGAUAAGUACGACCCUAAUAAAAAACCUCCUCUCAUUUAAAUAGCUUAAGAACAUGCAUAAUCUGUUAAGGUAGGAAUAGAUAAGAAACAUGUAGCAAGACCAGAGCUAUUAAAAAUUUGUCCUUGUUGUUAAAGAUAAAUAGAAAAAUCAUAAUUCUCAAUCAACUGCGAGUUAAGUAGGUUAAGCUUUUUGGGUACAGGAAUACCUUUAUACUUACAUUUUAUAAAGAUUUGUAUGCUUUUGGCCUUCGUCCACUUGUCUUCGAGCUCAAUAUAUUCGAUCGUUUAAAAUAGCAAAGGAAGCAAUUGCUCCGUAUCAGUUCCUAAUUCUUAAACAAAUGCUUACAAUAAUUGCUAUUAUAAUUGGAUUACUUACUUUUCUUUAGGAAAUAUAUUAAAUAGUCAAUCAGACAUAGAAAUAUAAUCUAUAUUAGGAACUAUUUCUAUUUUUUUAUUGAUUUUAGCUAUUCAUUAUUAUAGAGGAAUAGCAAGAAAACUAAUUGAUGAUUUUGAAUAUGAUGUAAAACAUUUAUCUAUAGCAGAUUAUAGUGUUAUGGUUACUGGAAUAGAUCCUUCUAAAAUUAACUCAAAUUUUGCAGAAACAAUAAUUUCUUUUUUUGAAAAUUCAAUCUAAGUCAUUUUUCUUGAAAGAAUGUUAAAAGUAGAAAGCAUUGAUUUAUGCUUUGAUGUUACCCUACCCAAAAGAUUAAAAAUCUAAAAAGCUGAGUUAGAGAAGAGUAUAAAAAAUAUCAAAAGUAAAAUGAUAAUAUCUGAAAAGCUAUAAAAAGAACUUGAAAAACUUCAGAGCUAAGUUACUUUAAUAAACAAAGAGAUAAGUGAGUUUGAAUAUCACUCACUUCACAAAGACUUAAAGUUCUAUCAAAAAUAUUUUUUAGGAAAGGCAUUUGUAACAUUCUCUACAAUUAGAGAAAAAGAAUUACUGCUUUAGCAAACUUAAAUACCUCCAGACUAUAAAAUUUGGGGUACAAAAAGUUAAAUUGAAUUUACACCAGGAAACCAAAUAAUAGAAAUUAGUUAAGCUCCUAAUCCAAGCGAAGUAAAUUGGGCUAAUUUACAUGUAAGUAGAGAUGAGUAUUUAAAAAAAAAUACAAUUGGAUUAAUUGGAGUAUGUCUGUUAUCAGUGUUUUUCUUUUUAAUUAUUAUGAUAUUCCUCCUGGUUUAAUACAAUUUCUUAGAUCUUAAUUCUUAUGAUUUUACUAGUAAUGAUAACAAUCUUACAACAGCUAUGUCUCUUUGUGUUGCCUUUAUUACACCAAUUUUAAACAAAUUUCUACUUUAUUUUGUUAAAUUGAUUUCAGGGGGAGAAUUGCAUCAAACUAAAUAAACUGAAUAUUAUUAAGCUACAAGAAAUUUGGUUAAAAGUUAAAUAUUUAUCACUUGCUUCACCACACUUUUUAUUUAGCUAGUGUUUACAAAAAAUAAUUUUGUAGGAAGAAUUUUCAAUGCAGGUGGCUUAGCUCAUAAUUAAUAAUUAAUAGUAAUUACUUAAAGUUUUUUACUAAGCAUUUUCAGCAUCUUUGAUGCAGACUCUAGAAUUUAUAAUUUGAGAAGAGCUAAAAUAGAGAAAUGCUCUAGUCAUACAUAAAUAAAUUUAACAUAGAGUUAACUUAACAGAUUGUUUGAAGAACCAGAAAUCGAUUUUAUGGAUGGUUAUAGUACUUCGAUAGUAAUAAUAUGUUAAGCUCUUAUGUACUCAAUUAUAAUACCCUUUUCACUUGUGUAUGCAUUCUGUGGCUUGUUUCUGAAAUAUUUUAUUGAUAAAUAUAUAAUUUUAAAUAAGAGAUCAAUAGUUAAUAAGUAGAAUCACCACUUAUUCUUUUUGAUGAUUGACCUUCUACAAUAUGUUAUUUUAAUUUAUUCAAUCGCUAAUCUGAUUUUUAUGUUUUAUAUUCAAUCCUAUUUUAUUCCUUAUGCGUCUAUUGUAGGCGUAUUACUUAGCUUGAUAAACUGUUGGAUUCCAUCAGAUUUAAUUACCUAAAAGUUAUUUAAAUAAGAAAGAAAAGAAAUAGUAGAGCAGCCUUUUAGUAUUGUUAAGUAGAAAUUUCCGGAAACAUAUCAUUAACUAAAUCCUGCAUUUUAACUAUUUAAGAGCAGUCGUAAAGAUUCUAGCAAUAAUCUAAAAAGCUCUAGAAGUAAAAUAGAAGAGCUAGAAGAUGUAAAUAAAAAGACAGGCUCCAGAUAAAAUAUUAAAAAUAAUGUUCCAAACUUAGAUGAUCAUCAAAAUGAAAUAUACUCAUUAACUAAUAUAAUGAGUUCUCCUUAGUAAACAAAAGUCUAAAAGAAGAUGGAAAUAUAAAAUUCUAAUAUUUUACAAAAUUCAAAUAAAAAGUAAAAUUAAAAUAUUCAGUUUACUCCUCAAAAAAAUAAUAGAGUUGAAGAAAGUUAUAAUGCCAGUGCAAAUAAAUCAAUAAAGAGUUUACCUAUGAUUUAGAGUUAAUCUGGUUUAAAUAUUAGCAACAAAGAAAAUAUAUAUAAGCCUUAACAAAAUUCUUAAAAAAGCUUUAACUAAUAAGAAAAUGACAAAAAAAUGAUAAAUUCAUAAUUAAACUUAUCUUAAUAAUUAAAUGAAAAGCAUUCAUAAAAUUAUUCACUCACUCAUAAGAAAUCUAAAGAAUUUUAAUAAAUCAAAUAAAAAUAAAAAAUAAAUGAUGAUAGCUUCAUAGAAGAACCUGAUAUUUAAUUUACUCCACUAAAAUAAAACUUUAAAUGA